UGGCAAAAAGGGAACUGGGUGGAAAAUAUUGCGGGGUGGAUUUCCUAGAUCUGAAAAUGCUUAUGGAGAAAUGCAGGGGUAACCUCAGCCCUGUUUUUAUUUGACUUCAUUUGGAUAUUUAAAUGCUUUUGGAUUUAUAGGGGUUUGGAAUGCUAUCGAUUUAGGGUUUUAAAGCAAGAACAUGCAUGCAUGCAAAAUGCACAGCCACCCCACCUCAAAGGACCUACUAAGGUGCUGCUGUUGUUUAGCUUGGCAAAAUGUCAUGUCGUCAUUGUGUUAGGUAGCUUGAUACUCUCAGGCUUGCUUCCUUCCUGCUCCCCUGUAAAAAUUACCAACAGGAGCAAAAGCUUUCUUGAAGCAUUCCCGAGUACUGGACUCCCAGAACGAACUCUCUUUUUUGGAUGUCAAGCGUCGUAUGCUCCGUUUGGGUCCAAUUUCUGGGUCUAGGUGGGAUUAUCGUUCCUCGCUCAAGGCCUGAGGAAGGGUAGGGCGCCCUUCAAUGUGUUUCUGAGAUUACCGCCGCUCCCAGCUUUUUACGGAGGCUUUUAAACUCCAUUACCUCUUUGCCCAAAGUCUUACAACGGCCGCCUGAAGUUCUGUUUGAAAAGUAUAAAGAAAUGUUUGUUCUCUCCUGCGUGUAAUCGCUCGGGGACGUUAUCGGGGUGGGGGGAAUUGUAAAAAUUGGUGUGGGUUACUGAUUAACGCGCCGUCCCCUUUCGUAAAAAGAAUAGAAGGCCGCUUUUGGCCAAUGGCGAGAUGGACCAACAGCAAACAAAGCCAAGCCUCUGUGUUCCAGGAACAAAGCCCGUUUAUAAAAGGAACUUUCAGAUCUCCGGGCCCCGGACUGGAUGCUGGUUUGUCCUUGCUCCACCUUGUUGACGCUGCCACGUUUUCUCCAUGGAAGGCUCCACGGACCGUUUACACACUGAGACGGAAACUGGCGCUCCUGUUCAUGGGGAGAGCCAGCGAGAAAAGGCAGAAGAGGACCCUGGCCGAACAGAUGGGUCAGAACCGUUAGAGAGUCCCCAGAGUCCAGCGACACAAAUGGACAAUGGCCCAGAGUGCGAAACAUGCUCUAUCGAGAAGCCCCAACAUUUCCCUGCGAGAGAAGAUCUACCUCCAGAGGCUGGGGGUGCGGGGCUCUCGGUCUCUCCAAAGCCCCCCGAUUUGGAUCCGGGGGAACCUUCGGAAGGGUUUGCCGUCGGGGCCGAAGUCCCGCCCAGGCAGACACGUCUGUCCAAAGCCUCGCUGGCCGAAAUGGACUGCCUCGUCUGUUUCAACCGGUAUAGCCCUUGCCGGCCACCUAAAGUCCUGGCCUGCCAGCACGCCUUCUGCGCUGUCUGCCUGAAGCUUCUCUUGCGCCACGAGGACCGCACCUGGGUCAUCACCUGCCCCCUGUGUCGGAAAGCCACCGUGGUGUUCGGGGGCCUCGUCUGCAGCCUCCGGGACAAAGAGGAGGUCGUGGGUCGGCUGGAGGGCCUGGCCUUGGAGGUGGAGGAAGCCUGCCCCCCACCUGAUCUUCCUGGCGAGAGCCCUGCGGACCCUCCAUCCGUCUCGGGGAACGACGAGGAGGCAGUUGGGAUGACCAGCAGGGCGGCGGCGAAGAGGCUGGUGCUGCUUUUGCUGCUGGUGGCGGUCCUGAUCGUUCUUGUCCUCCCCUUUCUCUACACGGGGCUGCUGAAGUGGGCCCUCUGCGCCCUGGUCCUUUUGGGACUCAUUCUGUCCAUGGUGCUUUGCUGCAACCCUCGGUGGGGAUGUUCGGGCUCAGAUGUCUGUUCUUGGCAGAGGAAAGAGAGCCAGGUUGCAACCAUUGCGUGAGGACCUUCCCUGCCACUGGUUUUCGCCUUACGCUCUCGGGUCUCGUCCUGUGGACCGGUCGAGAGCAGAGUCGCGAGGGGCCGUCAGGGCCCAAUCCGCCCAAUGGACGCUGUGAUCAGCAGGGUUGAGGAUGCCAGGGCUCUCCCACGUGCCCCUCUCGCUCUCCUCCAGGUAUACCUUCACACUUCCCUGUCACAUAGGGAGGAAAGGAUUUUUCCCGGCUGCAAGUUGGCGAACUGUUACGCUCGGCAGUCUGAGCCCUUUUUGGGUGUCUGUGUGUCACGCUCUCGAAUGGACAAUCAGGAGCCGCUGACUUGGCAAAAGACCUGCUCCUGGAAGGAGGGGAAGAUGCCUGGAACUUGAUAGGAUUCUUGAUCUGAAUCCGCCCAGCCGCGUGGAUUUUUGGAUCUUCCCUUGGGGUCGCGGCUCUGAGGACAGUCAAGGAGGGGAUGACCGUCCCCUGCAAAAAACCAAAACUGUCCAGCUCCCCUUUUGCUGGGAUGCAUCAGUGUGGAGCUGCUUCUGAUGAUGGACCAUCGGGGCAGGAGAGAUAAUUUCUCUUCCCCCUGCCCCCCGAAGACUCUCAGCAGGAACUCAGCAUGCAUCGGCUGGCAGAGAGGAGGCCUCAUCUAAUAAGCCCUCUCUCCUUCAGUCCAAUGUACAGAUCAGACUCAUGAGUCCUGUUCUUAAACAAGAGAUGAAGGGAGACAGGAGAGGAGCAUGUGUUAAAAUCUUCCAUAUCUCUUUUCCCUGAAAAUCUUCUCAAGCCAUGCAGUAAGGCAUCGCCAUGCACCGCUACUGCUGUCUGUCAUGUCUGGGUCAAUGUCGUGUUUUCCAGAAUAAAAGUUAAUUUUUUAAACCUU